GCUGCAGUAAUCCUCAACCCUCCGAUACGGGCCCUUCACUCCGCCAGACACGCUUCCCGGCACCCCUUCUAUCCCAUUUCUCUUCCUCAUUCCCGCCCCGGGCCUUUCCUUGUAUCACAUUUAGCAUUUGGGCGCCAUGGUUGCCUCUGCUAUCCGGAUGCGUACUCCCAGCGCUAUGUUCCUCUCCAAAGGCGCCCUCUCCCUGAGGAGGCCGCAGACUGUUCACAGAUUCAAGGAUGUUGCUCAAUCUCAAUUGCCUUCCCUUUCCGCCCUUUCCCGUUUUUACGCCUCUAAGUCCUUCCCUCCCCACACCAUCAUCAGCAUGCCGGCUCUGUCGCCGACCAUGAACGCCGGAAACAUUGGUGCCUGGCAAAAGCAGGCCGGUGAUGCCCUGCAGCCCGGUGAUGUUCUGGUCGAAAUUGAGACCGAUAAGGCCCAGAUGGACUUUGAGUUCCAGGAGGAGGGUGUUCUGGCCAAGGUUCUCAAGGAGACUGGCGAGAAGGAUGUCUCUGUCGGCUCCCCUAUCGCCGUCUUGGUCGAAGAGGGUGUCGACGUUGCCGCUUUUGAGGCCUUUAGCCUGGCGGAUGCUGGCGGUGAGAAGGCUGCCCCUGCCGCUGAGGAGAAGCAGGAGUCUCAGGGAGCCGCUGAUGCUGCUGCCCCGGCCGCUUCCGAGCCUGCCCCUGCUGCCGUGGAGCCUGAGACUUCGGGUGAGAAGCUCCAGCCCAGUCUGGACCGUGAGCCUCUCAUCAGCCCUAGCGCCAAGGCUUUGGCUUUGGAGAAGGGUGUCCCGAUCAAGGGUCUGAAGGGUACCGGGCGUGGUGGCCAGAUCACCAAGGAGGACGUCGAGAAGUACAAGCCCGCUGCUACUGCCGCGGCCGCUGCCCCGACCUACGAGGACAUCCCUCUUACUUCCAUGCGCAAGACCAUUGCUAGCCGCCUUCAGCAGUCCACCCGGGAGAACCCCCACUUCUACGUCUCCACCACCUUGUCGGUUACCAAGCUUCUCAAGCUUCGCCAGGCUCUCAACGCUUCCUCCGAGGGCAAGUACAAGCUUUCCGUCAACGACUUCCUCGUCAAGGCCUGCGCCGCGGCCCUCAAGAAGGUCCCUGCCGUCAACUCCAGCUGGCAUGAGGAGAACGGUCAGACUGUGAUCCGUCAGCACAACACUGUCGACAUCAGCGUCGCCGUCUCCACCCCCAACGGCCUCAUCACCCCCAUUGUCAAGGGCGUUGAGGGCCGUGGUCUGUCUAGCAUCUCUAACCAGAUCAAGGACCUGGGCAAGCGUGCUCGCGACAACAAGCUCAAGCCCGAGGAGUACCAGGGUGGCACUUUCACCAUCAGCAACAUGGGCAUGAACCCUGCUGUUGAACGCUUCGCUGCCGUCAUCAACCCCCCUCAGGCCGGUAUCCUGGCUGUUGGCACCAUCCGCAAGGUUGCCGUCCCCGUUGAGACCGAGGAGGGUACCGCCGUCGAGUGGGAUGACCAGAUCAUCGUUACUGGCAGCUUCGACCACCGUGUCGUUGAUGGUAUUGUCGGUGCCGAAUGGAUCAAGGAGCUGAAGAAGGUUGUUGACAGCCCCCUGGAGCUUCUUCUCCGUGCCCCCGACGUUGGCGGAGUGUACCGAGAUGAGUCCGAAAGCACCGCUUCCCUCGUCGACGUUGAUUCGCCGCAUGUCCAGGCCGUAUAUUCCGAGUUCCUGCAGCAGGACGUGCAGACCACCACACAGGCCGAGCGGAUAGAGCGAGAAGAAAAGGAGCAUGAGUCCUACGAAGAACGGAAGGCGAAGGCCAAGGCCAAGGCUAAAGCCAAGGCGAAGUCUGGAUCAGUGCGCCGCAACGCGCAGAACCCUGUUUACCUUGGAAAUGCUCUGAUCCUGGGCCUGGCUGGCGCGGGCUUGGGAUAUGGGGCAUACAGAAAGCAUGCUGCUGGGCAGCUUUCAUGGGAACUGGUCGGAUGGUUCUCUGGCGCCGUUGGUGCCUUUGGUGCCGUCGACUACUUCGUUAGCAAAGUAAUAUCUCCGGACACGUCGCUGCUUCCUGACACCAACUACCAACUAUCGCUCAAGGAUAGUCAAAUCGCCGCUUCGCUAGCAUCACUAUCGCGAACCGUCGACGACUAUUCUGCAUUGUCCAAGAAGGAAUUGAUUCCAGAGAAACAAGAGAAAGCGUUUGAGCGCGUGAAGAAUUUCCGGACAGAGCUUGCAGAUUACCGGCAACAUUUUGACCGACUACGGAAAGAAAGAGAGGAUGCUCAAUCUGUCACCAACCGCAAUGAGCUCCUCGGUCGACGCCCGCAUCACACAGCAACUCCCGAGAACCCAUACGCCCAAUCGUCGCUCCCGCAGUCAUCUGCUUUUGGCAAUCCUUCGUCACGAUCGGGACUCAGCUUUGGAGCUUUGCCGGCUGACUACACACGGGAAACGCAUGCGCUUCGCGAGCAGAGCUUCCUAGCGAGCACCAACACCCAGCUGGAUGAGUUUCUUGAUCGGGGGCGUGCCGUACUUGCGGAUUUGGGCCAGCAGCGGGAGGUGCUCAAAGGCACGCAGCGUCGACUCUACAGCGUUGCGAACACGCUAGGUGUGAGUGGGGAGACAAUUCGCAAGGUUGAGCGUCGGGCCAAGCAGGACAAAUGGAUUUUUUUGGGAGGAGUGAUAGUGUUCUUCCUGUUCUGCUGGGCGGUGUUGCAUUACCUGCGAUGAGGCAGGUGUAUACUUUUGUUUCUAGGCCUAUUGUGUUUGGUGCUUGGGUUGUCUUACAAGCGCAGGCGUUCGGAGCGCAUUGACAGGGAUCUUAUUGCUCACUAAGUAUGUAGAUAUGUAUGGGUUGUGGUGGUAGCUAGAUAUUAUUUAGUUGCUGCAGCUGGAGUGGUUAGCUUCCCUUUUCCCGUGCGCAACGGGGUUUUCCUUGGAAGUGUGGAGUAGUGCGGCGUCGUAGCCUCGUAGAGACACCGCAGUAUGGCUGGUGACCGGGAAGACCGUUGGGAACGUGGCUGUCGGUUAAAUGGAGACGGGGACUGGGCCGGGAUGAGUAACAAGGAGGCAGGCAAUUGUUGUCUGGAGGCAGCUCGAGACCUCCACGGGGGGAGAGAGUAAGUACUAGAUAGUAAAUGAUCGGAGGACAAUUGACGGGCAGCAUCAUGCAUGCCAACCGGUCGGUAGGACGGAACCGGAGC